GUUUACUUUUUUUACAUCACCUCCUCAAUUAAGGACUAAAGUUAAAUUUCAGUUCUAUGAUUGGCAAAUUGCUUGCUAGGUCAUGUGACCUAGACAAUUAAGAGAAUUAAACAAUUGGUCCAAUCACAUGCAAGGGGCAGUAAAAUUCUAAUUGCUGUCAUCUGUUAGGCAGUCCAAUUAUUUACACAACAGGCUCAGAAGAACAUCAGGAUGCUAAGAAAUGCUUGAAUACCUGCAUAAAUAGGAGGUGCUCUCCAAGUAGUGGUGUGCUUGCAGUUGUCUGUUAACAACAAUGGGUUUCAACCAUGUGGGGUUUGGUGUGCUGUUGAUAAUUACAGUUGGGUUGUCAGCAGCACAAUGGCCAGGAUUGAUGAACGCUUCUGCUGGAUUUCAACCUAACAAGCCAGGUCAUCCUUCACUGCAAGUGAUUGCUGGGUUGCCUUCUCAGUGGAUGCAAAGUGGCCCCCAGAGUGGAAACCCUGCAGUAGCCCCGUUUGGAUUGCGGCUUCAAAAUCCUUCAGAUGCUCAAGACCAGCAAGUAAUGCAGAGACCAGUGAAGAAACUGACUUGGCGUUUUCCAGCAGCACCACAAAUCCCAACCCCACCAACACCAGUGAACUUUGUAAGACAGUCUGAUGCUGUUCCUACCCAGAGUGUAAUAGCAAGGUGCAAUGAGACUGCAGUGUAUGUAGAGGUGAGAAAAGACUUGUUUGGUACUAGUGCACCCCUCAAUAUUGCUGCUCUCACACUGGGAGGCUGUGCUGCCAAAGGGGUGGCUGUUUCUUCUCAAUUCCUUGUCUAUGAAUCACCAUUGCAUGGCUGCAACAGCAAGUUGACUGUGACUGCAAAUGAGCUGGUCUAUAUCUUCACCCUUGGUAUUGCUUCAGUGCCCUUAAGUAGUGCUCCCAUUUUAAGAAGUCCUGGUGCUAUAGCUUUUGUUGAGUGCCACUAUCUGAGAUUCCACAAUGUGAGUAGCAGUGCUCUCCUGCCUGCUUGGAUUCCAUAUGCUUCUGCUCAAGCUGCUGAGGAACAUCUCCUUUUCUCCUUGAGGCUCAUGAUGGGUUUGUAUCAUGGUUGGCUUGUAGCUUGCUUGUUUGAGGCUGGGUUACUAAUGAAGCUUCUCCUUGUAGAUGACUGGAUAUCUAAAAGACCUUCUGAUUACAACUACCAGCUGGGUGAACUUAUAAAUAUUGAGGCAUCUGUAGUGCAGUUCAACCAUGUGCCCCUGCGUGUCUUUGUAGACAGCUGUGUGGCCACUGCUGUCCCUGAUACAAAUGCAGUCCCCAGAUAUUCCUUCAUUGAGAACCAUGGGUGCUUGAUUGAUGCCAAGCUUACACAGUCCAGUUCCCGCUUCAUGCCCCAAACUCAAGCAGCUAAGCUGGGGUUUCAGCUGGAGGCAUUCAAGUUUCAGCAUGUGAACAGUAGCUGGUUCUAUAUUGCAUGCAUCUUGAAGGCAACAGCAGCAUCUGCCCCUGCUGAUGCUGAGCACAAGGCUUGUUCCUUCUCAGGCAAUAGAUGGACUGCUGCAUAUGGUGUUGACCAGGUAUGCAGCUGUUGUAGCAGCAGCUGUGGUUCAAGGAAGGGACGUGAUCUCUCAUCAGAGCAAGGUAUUUGGGAGAACCAUGUUGGUGUUCAUGUCGCUUCAAUUUGCAGUCUUUGACCUGAAAUGCCACUACACAACCUAUGAUUCUGUUGUAUUUGUGGUUUUGUAACCUGUUCAUGCACUUCACCUUUAUUUGCAGGCUUGCAGCUGGAGAGAGAAGUGAGCCUUGGCCCAGUCAUGGUUCUGGAAAAUGUCUGGUAGUCUAAUGACUUUGUCUAAAUAAAAUUUUAUAACUUGUAUGUCUUGUGAUGCUUUGUUACUUCUGAUGCACAACUGGGUAUGCUCUUGUCUUGUAAUGGGCAGAGUGCAAGCAGGGACUCCCAGCAAAACUGACUGCAUAACUAGGUGGGCUAGCCAGAAGAUGGCUGACGUUAAGGUGCCCCGAUUGGUAAAACUUGUGUGCCUUUAUUUGGGAGUAUUUCCCUGAUUCUCCCCCAGGGUGGCAUAAUUGGAUUUACUAAACUUGGGAUAAACAUUUCCCUCCACUUGGGAAUGCCACAAACAUACACAUUCAGUGCACUUAAGUAGUUUUCCAACCAUUUUAGAGCAGCUUCACUAAGAACUAUAGACCUAAGCUUCUGUAGCCAUUGAUUGUAAUCAAAAGGUCAACAAAUAAUGCUGCACAGAACUUUUUUGCUAUCUAAAAAGUUAGUCAUUUGUGACUAACACAGCUGCUGUUAUGGUACUGUGACUUGCUCUAAAACCUAAUUGGUGAUCAUUAAGGAUAUUCAGCUAGAAAUUGUUUAUCAAUGAUUAGGGGGUUUUUGUUUUUUUUUUUUUUUUUUUUUUAAGUUAGAACUGGUAAUCUGGAGACGCAAUGACUAAGAGCUGAAGGGUCCACCUUUUAAUAACGGAAUGACUGUUGCUGAUUUCCACAUUCUUGCUAUGGUAUUGGAAGUUGAUCUUGGAUUAAAGAUGGAAGCAAUUGGCCCUGCCACAAUCCCAGCAGCCAUUUGUUAAAAAUAGGGCUCAAUUUUAUCAACUCCUUCUGAUGUUUUAAUGUCUAGUUUAACUAAAGCAUUGUAAACUUGGGAAGUUGAAAUGGGAGGAAAAAUUAAACUCUUGUUCAGGGCAAUGUUUAGCAGGGUCAACAGAUUUCAUAAAGGUACCAGAAUUAAUAGACUCGGAACUUAAGCCAGCAAAAAAAAUGUUUCUAAAAGUCUCAGCAAUAUCUACUCUACCCUUAACUACAGUUUGGUUGACAGUUAAAUGAGCUGGAACUUCAAGCAAUAAACUUGCAGUCAAUGUAUAACUUCCUAUUUGAUUUAGUCAUUAGAGGAUGUACAAAGUGGAUCAAUAUAAAUAUUUUGAGCAUACCUGACCAAUUAGGGUUUUUUUUUUUUUAACACAGGAACUGUUAAAUUUUAAUGAUUUCUGUGUAAUUUUGUAUCAUUUGAGUUAGUAACUUAUAAUCGGUUAGAGCUGCCACUCAACCAUUGUUAGCCAAACUCCGUCAAUGUCUAAAAAUAAAUUUCAGUUCUACAUAAGGCCAAGCUAAUUGGCUUGACAAAGAUUUUGAACCAAUCAGAUGCCAGGAAGUAUAAAAUACUAAUUGGUGUCAUCUGUGAGGCAACCCUUGAAAUGAAAAUUCCGCUUUUUAAAUUAAAUUAAUGAACUUAAUGAGAAAAUGAACUUUUCCACCAUAUUCAAAUUUUUUGAGAUGCACCUGUAGGUGUAAUCCUAAAACAGCCUCAUGAAUAGAGCUAAAAGAGCAUCAUGAUUUCUACCCAAACCUGAUUUGCAUUUAUAGAUAAACAGAUGAAGUCAAAGAAAAGUGUACAUCGGUUUACCGACAGUUUAUAAAGGUUCCUUCAUUUCAAACACCCGUUUUUUAUUUUAUUUUAUAAUAACCAUGCAAAUAACUGCUGUGAGCAUUCUACAUUAGGUGCCACCUGAAUAAGAAAGCUAUUCUUUGAUAUGGCUUUUCUGCAGAUCCUUUCUGUGUGUUAGUUUUUAUUGGAGUAAUAUACUCUAUUUUAUAAUGUGUUUUGAGUUGUCUGAAUUACUAAGAGCCUAACCUAAGAGCUGUAUUAUCCAGCCAAAUAUACAGCACACUGAAUUUAAAUUAGCACUGAAUAUUGGAGCAUUUUGAGCUAUAAAACACUGCUUGGACACAACAUGGACAUUACCAUGUAAAAUUGGUAGGUGAUAUCCUAGCUAUAGGAAAAUGUUCUACAUAUAGUAAUAUAGUAUAUAAGAAAACACUAGUUAUACUGCAAAGUAGUGCAAUGUAAUUAAUUUGUGCAGUCCAAAGGAAGGUAAGUUGUUGGU